AUGGAAACCAUGUUUAUGUCUUCAGCGUCUAGCAAAAACUGGGAUCGCUAUUUACAGUUCGCAUUGCUUGCGCCAGGAGCUUUGUUCAUCCUUUAUUUAUUAUACAACGAGCUGCUUCGCUUUCGCCUUAGAGUUCCCAACCUCCCUGGUCCGCGAGGCUUUCCCCUUGUCGGUAGUUUGCCCUCUCUACGCGGCAAGAUCACAUCUGACGAGCUGCGUAAAUGGGCUCGCCGAUAUGGCGAUGUCUUUCAGAUACAACUGGGAAAUUCCACGAUUGUUAUAGUUAACACAACAGUUGCUGCAGAAGCCCUUUUUAUCCGCCAGCGUGAGGCUACGAAUUCGCGACCUAUAUUCUAUGUCUUGCAUAAAAAGGUCCAGCAAAAUGGAAAGGUCACGAGCAUUGGCACUAGUCCGUGGGAUGAUAGCUGCAAACGGAGGCGUAAGGUUGCCGCAUCGGCGUUGAAUCGCGUUCUCAAUAAAGAAUCCAGAGCCUAUCUGCUAGACAUACUUCGAGAUUGCGAUAAUGGCAACACUGCGCUGGACAUUAUGCUACCCGCUCGCAAGUUUGCGAUCAAUUUGAGUCUUACAGUUAGUUAUGGGACACGUAUUGAAGAUAUGAAGGAAUUUUCGACCAACGAUGUCCUCAAAGAGAUCAUUUACAUUGAAGAAGAAAUUUCCCGCCUCAGGGAGACAUCUAGCAAUUAUGACAACUACAUCCCUCUCCUCCGACCAAUAAAAUCUCUUGCCUCUGCUAUCGGCCUCGUAAACUCUGAGCAUCUCGCAUCAAUAGGCAAACGACGCCAUGCGUAUCACGCCAAGCUGCAGGCUAGGCUACGAGAUGACAUUGCGUCUGGUACUGACCAGCCAUGCAUCCAGGGAAAUGUGCUUCGAGAUCCCGAGAGCAAAGGAUUAUCAGAAGGUGAGUUGCUGAGCAUAAGUCUCAGCAUGAUGGCUGGUGCGGACACAAGUAAGCGAACCCUCAUGUGGGCUUGUCUUUUACUGGCACAUCGUCCCGAUCUUCAGCAGCGAGCGUACCAGGCCAUAAAAGAGACGGAUCAGACUUUACUGACAAAUCCGGAUGUGGCGCAUUCGCGAGUUGCCUACAUCGAAGCAUUAACGAAGGAAAUUGGAAGGUAUUUCAUCGUGCUGAGGCUAGCAUUGCCGAAAGCAACACAUAGUGAAGUUCGAUGGAACGGGGCAGUUAUUCCUGCCGGGACUAUGGUUUUUCUGAAUUCAUGGGCCUGCUCGAGAGAUCCGGCCGUUUUUCCAGAUCCAGAUACCUUUGCUCCCGAGCGCUGGCUUCAGGGCGAAAACCAGUCUCAUCAACAUCAGUACGCGUUCGGUAUUGGGGGCCGUAUGUGCGUAGCCAGUCAACUCGCGACAAAGGCACUUUAUACUGUAUUUUUGCAUCUCAUUGCGCAUUUUGAGCUUUUUCCCGCCGAAGAUAGUCCAAAUUCAGAUGCCGCAGAUCCGCUGAAAGGUCUGCUCGAAAAGGAAAAUUCGAGAGUGACACCGUCUAUUCGCCAUGUGCGUUUUGUCCCGAGGGAUAGAGACAUGACGAGAAAGAUGCUGGCGGAGAAGUCGUGA